CCUUGUACGACCUUCACUCGUCGCUGCAGCAGCGUAUGACAUCGCUCUUACCGUCCCACCAUCACCGGUCCGCAUCUUGGACGACUGCGCUUCAUGUACCGCUACCAUGUGGCCGUAAUCGACUGCGCAUUCCUCUUCCGAACUUGCGCGUCUUGCAUGCAGCUAGCGUCUCCCGCUACGGCAAGGGAAAGGGCAACGCUCUCAUAUUUUCUGUCUAUGCAGCUAUAUUUCUAAUCAUUUAUGCCUUGCUGCCUUCAUUCAGCAUCACUCCCACGCUCGUGUUCAGGCGAGAGGAUCUGAGACGGAUAUGGAAGUGGGAAAUAGAGAGUGGACAUUAUCCAACGAGGCACCGUAUUCCCGAGGAAUUAGGUUUGGUCCCUGUCGACAAUCCCGCCUUGCCUCUGCAACGCUUCGGUCACGACCCAGGGCACGGCGUCGGUCGCAAGAGAUUUUAUUUGAAUGUCGAAGCAACGCCUCCGCACGUCGCAUAUGCACCCAGACCAAUACCAGGCAGUAUCGCCGACUUGGACGUGAUCAUGGAGCACUGUGAUGUCUCAGGUAACAGGUAUGUUCGUGACUGCCUUGAAGUGCUUCGCGUAGGCGCUGGACUGGACAACGACGAGCGUGUGCGCCAGCCGGUCCCCGACGGGUGGAAAUAUGUCUUCGUCGAAGACACCGUCACUCAACCAAUUCCCACACGAACUCUUCACUCCUUUUUUGCAUCCAAGAAUAAAAGAAAGGCACUCUUGGAUGCGAAAUUUAUCAAAAAACCCAACGUCGAAUGGGAACCAUCACCUAUAUCCCUGCCUCCGACGCAGGAAUAUCACGUUUACUCCUCCGCCCAUGGCCCAUGCGACCCCAAUGAUCCCCGUAUCUUUCAUAUGUAUUGGACAGGAAAAUUUACAGACAAACCAUAUUUCGCCAUCAUUUCAUUUCUUUUCACUCAAAACAUUGGCCUCCAUGCUCCAGACUACGAAGACGAACGUGUCUUCUGUAGGCCCCAACUCUGGCUUUGGAUCAAUCCCGUCCCCGCCGCUGCAGAGCCUCCCCCCGAUGCUCACUCCGACUUGAUCAAGGAGCUGCGAGAGAACCCUUGGUCGGCACCAUUUUUCCAUCCUCGAUUCUCUCGUGUGAUACAGUUCAGAUUCUGGAACACAACAGAACAGCUUGACAGUCUUCCCGAACUCAAAGAUGACUGGAGACAUGUCGGGAGCGUAUUCAAAUCUCAUGGCAAGUCCUAUUCGCGCGGCAGCAAAGCAGCCCUCCGAAGUGGUUCCAAGUCUUCCUCCUCCUACGACCGGCUUUCUGUCAUAAUGUCCGAUAUGGUCCGGUUUGUAUUAUGCCAGCGCUUUGGAGGCAUCUACUUGGACGCGGACACACUCUUUCUACGUGACUGGGAGGAGCUGUGGGGAUGGAAAGGUUCAUUCUCAUACCGCUGGGCCUUCCAUCAAAGAUACAACACCGCCGUUCUUCGACUGAACAAGGGUUCGGCCUUGGGGACGUUUCUUCUCCGGACUGCCUUGAAAAAUGAAUUGGACUUCCAUCCGGUUCCUGCUUCAAAUUACCUCAAGCAUGGACGGUUGGAUCCCCUGCUUUACCGUGCACCCGGGGCCUUGUUCGAUCCUGCCUGGAUGAACACGGAUGGAUAUCAGCGAGAUAGGCCUCCGCAACCAUACUUCAAAAGGUUUUCUGACUUUUUUGAAACGCCUUCGUCCGUCGGCGGCUCCCCGCAAGCCUUAGGCUUUGAUGGAUUCUUCAAAGGUGCCUUUUCGUAUCAUUUCCAUAACUCCUGGUGGAAACCCGUGGACCCGGGACAGAAUUGGCCCAAUCUCGGACAAGAGUUUGGAAACAAUGCUACGAACGAUGCUGUUUUCCCCGAUGACGAACGAGAUUGGAGCUGGUCGACUGUUCUGAAGAGGACUUUUGAAGCUUAUAUAAGGGGGGAAAGGCCGAAUAUGUAUGGCGAAUGGAUACUCUGGUAAUCGGGUUUCUUCAUGCCAUGGACCGAUAAAUACUGUAUUGACAUUUUGCAUGUUGACGACGACCCAUUUACGACCAUAUAGAUCGCAGACUUCGAAUUCAGUUCUCACCUUACAGCAUGUUCUAAUAAUAUUGUCGCAAUGCGCACCCAGUCCAUC